UUGUAUGACUGGUGUACAUUAGUAAUGAAUCUUUCGCGCGAGUAAGAUGUCAUUCGAUGUAGGAACGAAUGGCGAUGAAGACGCAAUUCUCAUACCCCAUCGUGAGAUCCACCCCGCUUAUCUUUUCUUGAAAAGCAACCUCACAAAACGCAAUGAACAAGAUCCCCACCAUCUAGAACUCUUCCCGCUCAAAGGAUGCCGAAAACCGCUGUAGUCACGGGUGCAAACUCGGGGAUUGGCUAUGAAUUUGCCAAACUCCUCAUCAAUGAGGGCUACGACGUCUUCGCCGUAGACCUCAACGCCGGCUCGCGACUCCAGAGCCUCGGCUGCAAGGCCUCGCAGAUCGACAUCGCCUCAGAUAGCUCCAUCGAGAACUUCGCCAAGCGUUUCGGCGACCAGCCCCUCGACCUGUUGCUCAAUAUCGCCGGGGUCAUGGAAUCAAGCGAGUUCGACACGCUUGAGACUAUCAACCACCGAACGCUGACGAGCAUUUUCGCGGUAAACGCCUUCGGGCCGCUGCUUUUGACGCAGGCGCUGCUGCCAAAUUUGCUGAAGAGCGAGAAUCCCAAGGUCGGGGUCAUGUCAAGUCGCGUGGGCAGUAUUGCAGAUAAUACGACGGGCGGACUGUACGCCUAUCGAAGUAGCAAGGCGGCGUUGAAUGCGCUGUGUAAGAAUCUGGCGGUGGAUUUGAGAGAUAGGGGGGUCACGGUGGUGAUCAUGCAUCCGGGGUUCGUGAAGACGGAGAUUAAUCCUAGUGUGCAUGAGUUGAAGCAGGCAGUUGAGGCGGACGAGGCGGCUGAGAAGUUGUGGGAGGUUAUGAAGGGGAAGGGGAUUGAGAGUACCGGGAAAUUCUGGCAUCGGGAGGGAUAUGAGUUACCGUGGUAGUUUGGAUGCACUUAAGGAAAUGGAAACGAUAAAAGAGGGGAAACAAGAGGAGAGAAAGCACUGACAUAUUCUCCUCGUGAGAAGCUCUCAUACUACAGCCAUUGCUUUAUGCUAUCAUGUAGUGCUUUAGUCUCACAUCUACUUAAGCACUCAGUUUAGUCGUUCAAAACUGGGGCUUGUUUGGGCAUGGGCUUGAAUAGCAAUCUCAGCGGAACUCAUAAGGACCCCCAUGACUUGUUUACAAGCUGCGCCCACUGAACAGCGAAGCAGAUUGUUGAGAAUUAUGAGAUGCUAGAGCAAAUAGCGAGCAUAUCACAUAUGCGAGGGUCAACGACCAACUGAAUGACGAGCU